AACCCUAGCAAGCAGUGAGCUUGAUUCAGCUCCAAUUCAAGCUUCUGAAUUUAGCUUCAGAUAAAUCCAUGGCAACUUCUUUUAUAAUCAAGACCAUGAAACCGACUUCUAGAAGUCGUAACCUUUUCACUGCACUCUGUUCUCGGUAUCUCAGCUCUGUUGCCGCUGCCUAUGAGGCGCAGGAGGAUGGCACAUCUUCGUCAUUUACGUUUGAAGACAAGGGCAAGGAUAAGGACGAUAGUAUAUACGUCAAGAGUCCGAAUUCUGCUCCCAAGAUUGAAACGGCGUCUUCCGUGACCAUGCCGAUGUCGUUCAUGACGGGGUCGAUUGUGGGGAAGAGAUUCUAUAAGAAAGUGACCACCAGAGAGUCGGAUGAUGGGGUUGGAUGCUUAUUGUAUUGUGAUAUGUAUGUUUCCUUCAUGGUUAAACAAAAUGGACUACCUUUCAAUUUAAUUCCCACCAUCCUAUACUUGGCUGCUUCUAUUGGAGUCUAAUUUGUUUUAGCUUAUGAUGAGAUAUAUUAUCUCCUUUUCCAUCUAAAUAGAUUCACUUAGCCAAUUCCAUAAUCCUACCCUCUACGUGAAUAAAAACCUGUUUGGUUUCAAUAUGUUAACUUUUGAGACAUGAUUGAAAGGGAUAGAUUUGAUUUCAUCUGUCUCAGAUAAUUACCUACUGGCUUUUAUGCAUGGAUUUUAUUCAGUAUUAAAGUGGAUAAUUUCCCAACACCAAGAUCUUCAUUUUUUUUCUCAGAUCGACAGGUUCAGAAAAUUGAUCCUUUACUUGAUUGGCUAAAAUCAGAAUUUGGCUUUCAGCCUGUUGUAUACUCCAGCUUUUUUGGUGGGAAGCAGGAGGAUGGUCUCAUAAACGCUGUGGAGAACCUUCUAAAGAAGACAGAUGACUGUGAGUUGGCAGCAAUUGAUGCAAUUGCAGCAGCUGCACACUCUCUUGUUAUUGCUCUAGGAAUUUUUCGGGGAAGAUUGCAGAUUGAUGAAGCUAUUGAAUUAAUUAGAAUUGAGGAAGAUCUUCAGGUGGAUAGAUGGGGUUUGGUGGAAGGUGGGCAUGACCUUGAUGUUGCUGAUCUCAAGGUACAAAUCUCAUCAGCUACCGUCUUCCUAGGACUUUCCAGGAGGAUUUAAUUUCUGCAUGUCAUGAUUUUAUGUUUUUCUCUAGUUGAUGCUGUUACUCAAGUUUUCCUCUCUUAAUCAUUUUUACUUCUGUAUGUUUUAAUGAAAUGAAUAAAAAUUUUGUGAGAAUUGAUGAGGUUGAUGAAAUAAUGAAAGUGAGCUACAAAU